AUGGAAAGGAAGGGAAAGGCAGUAGUAGGAGGGAUUUCAAUUAUCCUUGUCAUUGGAGCGGUGGUUGGCUGUGUAGUUGUUGUUUCUACUCGCAACAAAGGCAAGGACAAGCUCUCGUCGAGUUCCAAGGCCGUCAUUGCAAUGUGUGAACCAACUGAUUACAAAGAAGCAUGCGUUGAUAGCCUGGCUGGCGCUGCCAAGAAUCAAAGCGCCAGCCCGAAAGACCUCAUCCGAUCCGCCGUUGAAUACACAGUCCAGCAGGUGAAAGCGGCAAUAGAGAAAUCAGGGAUCAUUAUCAAAGAAGCUAAAGAUGUGAAUUCCACUGGGAAAAUGGCCUUCGAUGAUUGCAACGAAUUGUUGGAAUCAGCAAUCGAGAGUCUUCAGUAUUCGCUUCUGACGCUGGUGGAUGCUGAUAUGCCCAAAAUCAAUGAGAAAGAGGCUGAUCUUAAGAACUGGUUCAGUGCUGCGAUGUCAUUUCAGGAAUCAUGCAUUGAUGGGAUUCCUUACGAAGACCUUAAGAAACAAAUGAGCGAGGCGAUGCAGAAUGCUGAACAACUGACCAGCAACGCCUUAGCAAUUGUGUCCUCCCUUUCUAAUAUCCUAGGCAACUUCAACAUCCCUUUGAAACCUAACAAUAACCCUUCAACCGCUCGUCGUCUCCUGGAUGUGGAAAUGGAAACAGAUGAACAUGGCACUUUUCCGACAUGGUUUUCGGCUGCAGACAGAAAGCUUAUAGCCAAACAGAACAAGAAAAACAACAACGCCGGCAACGGACAAGCUGUUAAACCCAAUGCAGUAGUGGCAAAAGAUGGGAGUGGACAAUACAAAACAAUUGGUGCAGCUCUUGCUGCAUACCCAAAAGGAUUUCAGGGAAGAUAUGUUAUAUAUGUGAAGGCUGGGAUUUAUAAUGAGUAUGUCACUGUGGCCAAGAAUCAGAACAAUGUGUUCAUGUAUGGAGAUGGACCCCGGGAGACAAUGGUCACCGGCCGUAAAAGCUUUGCUGAUGGCAUCACCACCCAGGACACUGCCACAUUCAUCGUAGUGGGACACGGGUUCAUAGCGAGAGGAAUGGGAUUUCAGAACACAGCCGGCCCCGAAAAGCAUCAGGCAGUGGCGCUCCGAGUCCAGUCGGAUAUGUCAGCCUUCUUCAACUGCAGAAUGGACGGCUACCAAGACACAUUGUACGUGCAAGCCUAUCGCCAAUUUUAUCGCAACUGUGUCAUAUCCGGCACCGUUGACUUCAUUUUUGGUGACUCAACAACAGUCAUCCAGAACAGUUUGAUCAUAGUGAGGAAGCCUCUGGCUAACCAAAAGAACACGGUGACUGCUAAUGGAAGAAAAGACCAGCGGGAAAGCACUGGUCUAGUUAUCCAGAACUGCAGGAUAGUCCCGGAAGAGGCUUUGUUCCCAUUGAGAUUCCAGAUUAUGUCAUACUUGGGCCGGCCAUGGAAGAUGUACUCGAGAACAGUUAUCAUGGAAUCCGAAUUUGGGGACUUUAUCCAACCAGCAGGUUGGCUAGAAUGGCAAGGAAAUUUUGCACUAGAUACACUGUAUUAUGCAGAGUAUGCAAAUCGGGGUCCGGGUGCUGUAACCACAGGAAGGGUAAAAUGGAAAGGAUUUCAUGUGAUUACGGACAGGAAUGUGGCUCUUCAAUUCACUCCUGGUAACUUCCUAGCAGGAGGCCUUUGGUUGAAAGGCACCGGUGCACCCUACUUCCUGGGUUUAAAAAAUUAA